GUCAGGGUUCAUCUCAAAGACAGGUGUGGUGGUGGGGCACAGAGACAGGACUCUUCACGAGGCAGGGGCACCUGGAGUUGGAAGAGCAGGAACAUUGUCAUCUGCUUGGUAGAAGGAGGGGUAGGUGCUGUUUGCACUGAAGCUGGCCCCCAGCCCCAGGAGGGGAGCUCUUUAUGCACAAAAAGGAGGGGGCGUAGGGACUUUUUGAGGUCUGGCAACCACCCCACUGGGUCACAGCCCACUGAAUGGAAUAGGCUUGGGGCUGUGUUCCAUGGGAAUGAAAUGGAGUACCAGUCAAGAGCCUAGGGGUCCAUGCACACAAGACAGGGUGAGCUCAGAUUGCUCCCCAGUGCCCAGCUGUGAGGCUCCCCGCUAAAACUUCAGGGCUGGGGGGGUCGAGGGGCAGGAUUGGACCUACCUGUGGCUAUCAUUCAACUGGGAAUGCAGAACCUUCUUCACCCUGGAUGCUCCCGAUCCCUGCUGGAAAACAUGAUUUGUGCUUCUGAAUCAGGGCACCUGUCAUCUGCCAUGGCAGGUGUGGUGUACUCCAGACAGGCCCCUGUGGACUUAGAUAUAUACCAGAGCUCUUACAUGAUUGACUAUCAACCCUACGGGAAGCACAAAUACUCCAGGGUCACACUACAAGAGCAAGUGAAGCUGGAUGCCCAGCUCCGGGACAAAGAGUUGUACAGGCCGAUCCCCAGCUCCAAGCCCAAGCUAGAGGAUGGGUACCCCGCCUUCAAAACUCCUCCCAUGACCGCCAGAGACCUGGGACUCCCAGGCUUCUUCCCACCACAAGACCAAGACCGGGCGACCACGGCAGAGGGCGAAGGCAGGUGCCCCAGUGAGAUUUCAUUUUGAAAUACAGGAGAGAGG